AUCGCACCGGGAGCGGCGAGCGACCGAGCGGAGAGGCGGACUGGGCAUGCUCCGCGGCGGCGCAGGUUUUGGUCACAAGUAGGAAGAAGCCAGUGCACGACACCGGUACAGAGAAGCGGGAGCCGCUGCCGCAGCGCGACCGUGGGAUCCGUCGCCGCCACCUGGGAGCAGGAGCAGAGCGGGAGACGGCGCAGGCCAAGGACGAGGCCGCCGGGACAGGAGCCUCCCAGCCUGUCCUCCAGUCUUCUGCCUCUGUGUCCGCGCGGUGCGCCGGACCCCUGGGUCCGUCACCUGGGCGGCGGGGAGUCCCGCGCCGGGGACCAGGAGCGGACGAGACCCUUCCUCCAUCGGCUGCGGCCCGAGGGCGCCUCCACGGGACGGAACAGCCUCUGCCGUCAUCUCCUACGAGUGGCUGAGUGUCCGGCGAGCGACCGGCGCCCCGCGCCCGGAACGAGCAGCAGCGGUCAGAGGAGGAGGAGGAGGAGGAAGGGGCGGCCAUGGGGCUGCUGUCCCAAGGCUCGCCUCUGAGCUGGGAGGAGACCAAGCGCCACGCGGACCACGUGCGGCGGCACGGGAUCCUCCAGUUUCUGCACAUCUACCACGCCGUCAAGGACCGGCACAAGGACGUACUCAAGUGGGGCGAUGAGGUGGAAUACAUGUUGGUAUCUUUUGAUCAUGAAAAUAAAAAAGUCCAGUUGGUCCUGUCUGGAGAAGAAGUUCUUGAAACUCUACAAGAAAAAGGGGAAAGGACAAACCCAAACCAUCCUACCCUUUGGAGACCAGAGUAUGGGAGUUACAUGAUUGAAGGGACACCUGGACAGCCAUAUGGGGGAACCAUGUCUGAGUUCAACACAGUUGAGGACAACAUGAGAAAACGUCGGAAGGAAGCUACUUCUCUAUUAGAAGAAAAUCAGGCUGUUUGCACUAUAACUUCAUUUCCCAGAUUAGGCUGUCCUGGGUUCACGCUGCCUGAGUAUAAACCCAACCCAGUGGAAGGAGGAGCUUCCAAGUCCCUCUUCUUUCCAGAUGAAGCAAUUAACAAGCACCCCCGCUUCAGUACCCUAACGAGAAAUAUCCGGCAUAGGAGAGGAGAAAAGGUUGUCAUCAAUGUACCGAUAUUUAAGGACAAGAAUACACCAUCUCCAUUUAUCGAAGCAUUUCCUGAGGAUGAUGAGGCAGCAAGGGCUUCUAAGCCCGAUCAUAUUUACAUGGAUGCCAUGGGAUUUGGGAUGGGCAAUUGCUGUCUUCAGGUGACAUUCCAAGCCUGCAGCAUAUCUGAGGCCAGAUACCUUUAUGAUCAGUUGGCCACAAUCUGUCCAAUUGUUAUGGCUUUGAGUGCUGCGUCUCCUUUUUACCGAGGCUAUGUGUCAGACAUUGAUUGUCGCUGGGGAGUGAUUUCUGCAUCUGUAGAUGAUAGAACUCGGGAGGAGAGAGGACUGGAGCCGCUGAAGAACAAUAACUAUAGGAUCAGUAAAUCUCGUUAUGAUUCAAUCGACAGUUACUUAUCUGAGUGUGGUGAGAAAUACAAUGAUAUCAACUUGACGAUAGAUAAAGAAAUCUAUGAACAACUUUUGCAGGAAGGCAUCGACCAUCUCCUGGCCCAGCAUGUUGCUCAUCUCUUUAUUAGAGACCCACUGACUCUGUUUGAGGAGAAAAUACAUCUGGAUGAUGCCAAUGAGUCUGAUCAUUUUGAGAAUAUUCAGUCCACAAAUUGGCAGACGAUGAGAUUUAAGCCCCCUCCUCCAAACUCAGACAUCGGAUGGAGAGUAGAAUUUCGGCCCAUGGAGGUUCAGUUAACAGACUUUGAGAACUCUGCAUAUGUGGUGUUUGUGGUACUCCUUACCAGAGUGAUCCUUUCAUACAAGUUGGAUUUUCUCAUUCCACUAUCAAAGGUGGAUGAAAACAUGAAAGUAGCACAGAAAAGAGAUGCUGUCUUGCAGGGAAUGUUUUAUUUCAGGAAAGACAUUUGCAAAGCAGGUGGCAACGCUGUGGUGGAUGGGUGUGGCAAGGCCCAGAACAGCAGCGAGCUCCCCCCAGAGGAGUACACCUUAAUGAGCAUAGACACCAUCAUCAACGGGAAGGAAGGUGUGUUUCCGGGGCUGAUCCCAAUUCUGAACUCUUACCUUGAAAACAUGGAAGUGGAUGUGGACACCAGAUGUAGUAUUCUAAACUACCUAAAGCUCAUUAAGAAGAGAGCAUCUGGAGAACUAAUGACAGUUGCAAAAUGGAUGAGGGAGUUUAUCGCAAACCAUCCUGACUACAAGCAAGACAGUGUCAUAACUGAUGAAAUGAACUAUAGCCUUAUUUUGAAGUGUAAUCAAAUUGCAAAUGAAUUAUGUGAAUGCCCAGAGUUACUUGGAUCUUCAUUUAGGAAAGUAAAAUAUAGCGGAAGUAAACCUGACUCUUCCAACUAGACAUUCACAGAAAGAAAAACACAUUACUGUGCUGUGGCAAUACCAUGACUCACUCAGCCCAUGGCACGGUGUAAAGACCAAAUGAUAGAACUGCAGUCUUGCCCAGGCCAGUGGGCCAGAAAUUGAUUUAGAGGCUUCUUUCAGUAGGUAAAUCUAGAGUUUAUACAGUGUACAUGUACAUAGUAAAGUAUUUUUAUGAUUAACAAUGUAUUUUAAUAACACUGUAUCUAAAAGCAUUGUGAACUGGCUUGUACAUUUUUUAAAUCUUACUCUAGAGGAACUACUGUCUGAGCAGUUUUGUAAAUGUAAUGGACUGGUCACUGUACUAUACUGGCAUUCCAGAGCUUAAAAUGUUUACUGUAAAUUUUUGUUCUUCUAAAGACCUGCCUGGGACCUGAUUCACUGAAAUUUACCACUUCACUUGAAAAGCAGUUUCUUGUUAAUCUUCCUUUGAGUCAUUUUUUUUUUGUUACGUACAUAAAAUCGUUCAAACCCAUUAAAGUGCAUCCAGGAUAAUCUUGGAUUUCCAGCACCUUAUCCAUGAUGUUUCUUCUGCAGCGGGAAUAGCUAGCCCCUUGGUCGCCCUGCCCCAAGCUUUCACCACUGAGUAACACCCAGUGAACCGAUGGCUGUUAUAAAAGAUACCUUCCUUCUCCUCUUGUUUAAAUUUGCUGAUUCAGGCAUUAAGUCUAAAGACAACUCUGUAGGAGCUGAAUUCACAUGUAUCGAUUAUUGAAAAAAAGGAGAGAAUUGUUUUUCAUGCUGUACAUUCCAAAAGUAUGUUAAAAAAAAAAAAAAAAAGGUGGGGGGCCUCAGCUCUUCUGUUGUGGCCCCUGUUUAUUCUGAUUGCCACUGUGCACUUCAGUUUGCAAAACAAAUGCAGUUGCUGAAGUUCUGUUACUUUUUCCUCAGCUUCCAGUGAGCAUAUUGACAGGCUUUCUAAUAAAAGCCAUUAACUUCAAAUUUUAGCUGGGGAGUAUUCUAUGUACUGCUUACUUCCCUAUAAAACUCAUAAAUCAUGAAAUGCACUAAGUUUUGUGAAUCAGGACCCUAAAUGUUUAAUUGUAAAUAAUUUUAAGUUUCAAAUAAUUGUUGUCAUAACUUUAUGUUGAAGUCUUUUUUUUUUUUUUUUUUUUUACAAAUAAGUUAAAACUCUCAAUUGCUUCUGAAAUAACUGUGUGUUGUAGAUUAUGCAAACAUUUACAGGCAUAAAUAUUUAAACAGUAAUGCUGAUUUUAAGAAAUUGCAAUAAAGCUGCUUCAGGUAAACCUGUUUAUGUUUAAAUUCUAGGGUUUGUGCUAUAUUUCACAGAUGCAUUUUGCAGGAUUAAAGAAUGCCUGUUUUUCAUUUGCAAUUUGCUUGUGUAAAUCAGGUUGUAAAAAAAUGAACUAAAAUGUUUGUGGUAUAAGGAAAUAAAAGAAUGGAAUUAGCA